GCUUCGCCCAUCGUCCGCCAGCGCACCUCGCUCCGCAAUCAUGAAGCGCAAAGUAGGCGCUUUGGAGAAGCUCGAAUCGGACCAUGCUGCGCUGCGAUUCAAGCUGAAGAGGGACCCUCAGUCAUACAGGGACGACUUUGAGCAGCAGUACCAGCAAUACCGGACACUGCUGGACUUGUUCCUCGCCGACCCCUCUACUACAGACGGAGGUCUUGUCGCGCUGAAAGAUCUCAUAGAAUUCGUAUCGCACACGGCGAACCUAUACCCCGACCUCACGCUACCCGAAUUUCCACAGAGUCUUAUAGACCUGCUGGCCACGCACCAUGAAGUCCUUGAAAUGGAUCUGCGCGACAAAGUCGUUGGCGCCAUCUGCCUGCUCAAGAACAAGGAUGUGAUCGACUCAGUCACUCUUCUCAACACAUUGUUUCCAAUUCUGGUGGCGACGAACUCAAAGUCGCUCCGAGCUUUACUCUUCCAGAAGAUUGUGUCGGAUGUCCGGUCUUCAAAUGCGAAAGCCACGAAUCACAAGGUCAACAAGGCGCUGCAGACGACCUUGUAUAACCUCCUCGAAGCCGACACGACUUCCCCACGCGGUUUUCUAGCUGUUAAAAUCGUAAGGGAUCUAUGGAAGCGCCAAGUAUGGGCCGAUGCGAGGACUGUCGAGGUGAUGCGAUUGGCUGCGUUGAGCGAUAACGAGAAGACUAUUGCAGGUGGAGUCAGGUUCUUCCUGGGUGGUGACCAGGAGAGAGAGGCAGCUGCCGAAGAUAGCGACGACGAUAACGAGUUGGACAUGGCCAAAUUGAGACAUCAAGUGGGCAUCAACAAGAAGACCAAGAAGAAGUCACGCGAAUUGAAGCAAGCCGCUGCUACUAUGAAAAAGAAGGAGAAAAAGAAGAAUGCUCCACACCCAUUGAAUUUCAGCGCCUUGCACCUUCUCCACGACCCCCAAGGCUUCGCCGAGACGCUUUUUUCAAAGCACAUCCAAAAUUCGAAGAACAAACUUUCCCUUGAGACGAAGCUCUUAGCCCUGCAGCUUGUGACGCGGCUUGUUGGAUUGCACCAACUCACAGUACUACCGCUGUACUCGUAUUUCUUAAAGCACCUCACACCUCGGCAAGCGUCAGUCACCACUUACCUCGCAUGCUUAGCGCAAGCUACCCAUACAUACGUACCGCCGGAUGUCCUCGAGCCACUGAUCCAAAAGAUUGCAAACGAAUUUGUGUCGGAAGCAUCAGCCUCUGAGGUUGCGGCAGCAGGAUUGAACGCUAUUCGUGAAAUAUGCGCACGCCAGCCCCUGGCCAUGACGGACACACUGCUACAAGACUUGGUCAUGUACCGUAAAUCGAAGGACAAGGGCACAAUGAUGGCCGCCAAGGGUCUCCUCUCGCUAUAUCGCGAAGUUGGUGCCGACCUCCUCAAGAAGCGUGAUCGUGGCAAGGACGCGACAAUGGGUAUCCGUGCCGGCACAAUUCAAGAGCGACGUUAUGGUGAAGAAGCCAUUGGCGAGAUUGAAGGCAUUGAACUCCUCGAAAAGUGGAAGGAGGAGGAACGCAGGAAAAAGUUAGAAGCUGCUGGACUGGACCCUGACGCAGACAACGGCGAUGUUGAGCUCGAGGACGACGAGGACGACUGGAAGAAAUGGGAAGUAGAAAGUGACGGUGACAGUGACGACUCUGGAGGAUGGAUCAACGUGGAGAGUGACGGUGAAGACAUUCAAAUCAGCGACUCGGAAGACGAAAAAGAAGACAACAAGGAGCGGCCAAGCAAGAAAGCAAAACUCAACAGCGCAACACCCGCACCAGGCACAGACGCCUCCAAGAGCGAGGAACCAGAAGCCAAAUCCAUAUCCAAGCUCCUCACCACGACCAUCCUCACGCCCGCCGAUCUCAAACAACUGCAAGCCCUCCGCGCCUCAUCCACCAUCACCUCGUCGCUGGCCUCGCACAAGCGCGCCCAGCUCCUCGCCGCGCGCCACCCCGACGAAGCCAUCACAGCCGAAACCAUCGAGCUCGCGGCCUCGCUCGGCAAAAAGAACACAAAGGAAGAGAAGAUCGCAAUGGCAAAACAAGACCGCGAAACAAACCACAUGUCGCAGACAGCCAAGCGCAAGGAAAAGCGCCAUGCAGAGGGCAAGAGCACUACCAACCAGGACAAGGCUCGCAAGAAAAACUUCAUGAUGACCCUGGGUAAGGCUAAGAGCAAGAAUAAGAGGAGCUUGGGCGAUGUCAAGAAGACGCUGCUGGGACAUGUGGAGAGGAAGAAGAGGGGUGGGAAGAGGGGAAAUAAGGGGCAUUAAGUGUUUUUGUGGUUUGUGUAUGUGUAUGUGAUGGAUGGGGGGUAUAUAUGUUGUUCGUCUCUUUGGGAAAAGUUCAUACAUGGACAUGGC